AAGACGGGCGGUGAAAUUGUUACCGACCAACAUGGUGUACGCAGAGCUGAACCGACACGGAGGAAGUCGCAAGCUAGGGGCUGACCUACGGCCCCAUGGUGCGAUAUCACGUUGACCAGCGUGGUCCACAUCGGGGAAAAAACGUAGAAGCGCUGGGAGGGCUCGAUUUCUUGGGAGCUUAGUAACUGCAGCCUUGCCUUGCAUCGAAGGGCACUCUGCUUCUCAUCCACUGCAACUGCAAGCUCCACCUCCACACACAACCAGACGCAGCAGCCAGCUAAAUAUGACGCAGAAGAUCGUGAUCGCGGUGCAGAUGGCGAGCAGCAGGUGCCGGUCCAAGGCGCUGGCGCUGGUGGCGGCCACGCCCGGAGUGGAUUCGGCGGCGCUGGCGGGAGACAGGAAGGACCAGCUGGUGGUCGUCGGCCACGGCGUCGACUCCGUCAAGCUCACCAGCGCGCUGCGUAGGAAGGUCGGCCACGCGCAGCUGGUGCAGGUCGUCGAUGUCAAGAAGGAGGACGGGAAGAAGCCGCCUGCCGCCGUGGUCGAAUGCUACGCGCACUCCGGGUACUCCUACCCGUACGGCUACUACUACCCAUCGCAACCGGCGGCGGUGAACGUCUUCUACGAGCUGCAGCACUACCCUGCUGUUGCCGCCGUCGAGGCGUACGGGUACCCGUGCUCGCGGCCCGAGCCGGGCACCUGUUCGGUAAUGUAG